AUGAUUGUCUUAAGAGUGCUUUUGUGGACACAAUUGUCGGCUCUUAUUGUCCGCCAAAGUCUCGACUUUUGCGGCGUUCAAUGGCUUUCGGUUUUUGUCAAUUUCGUCGCCAUUUUGGUCACAAUCGCCGCCCUUUUCGGUCAUUUGGUUCUUCACGCGCUUUUCCAACUGCCGCUCAUUGUUUACAAUUGUUUCGUUUGUCUUCUUUACUCCCGAUUUCCCGAAGCACUUCCCGUCCUCGCUCUGGCCGACCCACAAUCCCAGUCGGCUCUGCACUCGCUUCUGGCCGGUCAGACGGCCGUCCGAGUGGCCGAAUCGGUUCAAGCCGUCUCACAUUUGGCCAUUUCUGCGGCACUAAUGGCCGCUCUUUUCCAUCGCUUUCGUCGACACAGAAGUCGUCGAAAACAUCGAAAUUCAAAAACCACACCCCCUUUGCCGCCGUACACCAUCAGUCCGUUGGCCCCCUCUCUGCUGCCGCCGCCUCCCUCUUCACUGUCGCGUUCAUCACAACGAUCGCGUCGUUCUUCAGCCACAACUCGUUCAUCGAAGAGAAGAUCUCAACGAAGAAAACAAAGACUUCUAACGACUUCUGCUUUUUAUUCCGAUUCCGAAACCGAUUUCUAUGGCGUCACUAACGCCUCCUUCACCCCCUCCGCCGCCUCUUCUAAUCCAUUAUACGACACCAGAAAUCGAUGGAACGGAAGACAAUCGACGGCAGAAACAAGAAUCUGAUCUCAAAAUACUUUACAAUAAAUAGAU